AUGGCCGAGUUCGUGGUGAUUGAUGGUAGAUCGGCCUAUAACGCCAUCUUUGGGAGACCCAUCAUCCACUCAUUUCGGGUCGUUCCCUCAACACUUCAUCAAGUUUUGAAGUAUUCCACCCCCAAUGGCGUGGGCACAGUCCGAGGAGAACAGACCGCUUCGAGGGAGUGCUAUGCCUCCGCACUCAAAGGGUCAUCGGUAUGCGCCCUCGAAGCUCACGCCAGUGGGAAUGAGACGCUCGAGUUCAAGGCCGACCUGCCGAGAAGGGAGUUUUCCGCACCCACUGAGGAGCUCGAGCUUGUUCCUCUGCUUAGUCUCGAGAAACAGGUCUUCAAUGACUCCCAGCUGGUUGUGAGCCAGAUCAAGGACGAGUACCAAGCCAAAGACACCCGGAUGGAGAAAUAUUUGGGCAAGGUCAGAUCGUACCUCGCCCAGUUUCUAACUUACGAAGUAAGCCGGAUUCCGCGAGCAGAAAAUUCUAAUGCUGACGCCUUGGCCAAGUUAGCAUCGGCGUACGAGACCGACCUGGCCAGGUCGGUCCCCGUCGAGAUCUUAGAUAAUCCCUCGAUCUCAGAGCCAGAUCUGAUGGAGAUCGGCGCUCCAGAAUCUUCAUGGAUGGACCCGAUCGCGGACUUCAUUAGGGGCAACUCACCGCAAGACCCCAAGGAGCGCAGAAAGUUGGCAUGGCGGGUAGCUCGGUUCGUGGUCCGAGAUGGGGCAUUGUACCGACGUGGCUUUUCCUUGCCUCUAUUGAGAUGCCUAACCCCUGAAGAGGGCCUGUACGUCCUCAGAGAGGUCCACGAAGGAGUGUGCGGCAAUCACUCAGGCGCUCGGUCGCUGUCAGCCAAGGUGAUCCGACAAGGAUACUAUUGGCCGACCCUCAGCCAGGACGCCAAGAAGUUCGUUAGAACUUGCGAUAAUUGCCAACGCUAUGGAAACGUAAUCCACCAACCUCCCGAGCUGCUUACCCCCAUCUCGGCCUCGUGGCCAUUCAGGCAGUGGGGGGUAGAUAUUAUUGGUCCUUUCCCUUUAGGCAAAGGCCAGACAAAGUUUGCUGUAGUUGCUGUGGAUUACUUUACAAAGUGGGCCGAGGUCGAGGCGCUCUCCCACAUAACGGAAUCCAGAGUCACGUCCUUCGUAUGGACAAAUAUCAUAUGUCGCUUUGGUAUACCGAAGGCCAUUGUGACAGACAAUGGGAAGCAGUUUGACAACGCAAAGUUCAAAGACUUUUGCAGCAAGCUUGGCAUAAGUCACCUUCGCUCGUCCCCCGCACAGCAAAUGGGCAGGCAUGUCGGAAGUAAAGCCCUUCAUGAGAAACUUGAAGCCCGCGUCAGAAAAAUCUUUGGUAAAUCCAUCGAAGUCAGGAUGUUGCCUGAAAGAUUCCUCCAACAGGGCUCCGUUGCUGAGACGCUCCUUCGCCGUCUCUAG